GGUUACCCGCAAGUCACCUGUCGCUCAUCCGCACCUGCACCGGCUCGGCUCGCUCUCACCUCACACCUGUUGCGUGCGCUGAGACCCUACACCUGUCCCGUGCCGUGCACCUCAGAGCACCUCGGCGUCCGAAUCCAUCUGCAUAAAAAAAAAACCCUGUUGCCUCUCGGUUAAGCUAGAUUACUACACAGCGGGAAGAGGGUUCAUCCACUUUAAGAGCAAAGUUCACUGCGACGUUAGUAAACAUAACGUGACGUGCUUGAAGAUGACAUUUUGACGUUGGUGAGUUUUAGGGAGAACAACCACAGGCAGUAAAGACAUCAACCGGUGACCAAAUUUGGCUAGUAUCUUACGCACACGCACCGGGAGUGGAGUGGUUAAUUCGGCAUUCCGUCUUGGGGUUGAUGUCGUAAAACAUGAGUAUUAUGGCACCAGGAGUCAGGCCUACAGGUGGAGUUGGGAGGUCCGACAGCAAGAUCAGCGCCAAGACUCUAUAUGAGCAGCGGAAGAAGUACUCCAAUUCCAACGUCAUCAUGCAGGACACAUCCCAGUCCCAGUAUCACGUCGAGCACUUGUCCACCUUCAUAAUGGACAAGACGGAGGCUAUCGCCACCGUGGACGAUGCCAUUAAGAAGCUGAUUCUACUGGAAUCCAAAGAUAAGAUCUGGACACAGGAGAUGUUACUGCAGGUCAGCGAAAACGCCAUCAGACUGCUGGACUGCGACAGCAUGGAGGAGCUGGAGAACUUCCCCCUGUCCACUGUGCACCAUUGCCAGACGGUGCUCAACCAGACCCGCUACCCCUCAGUGCUGCUGAUUGUUUGCCAGGACAACGAACAGAGCAAGCCCGACAUACACUUCUUCCACUGCGACGAGGUGGAGGCUGAACUUGUACAUAAUGACAUUGAUAGUGCGCUGGGAGAUACCAGAUAUGGCAAAAAGAUGAGACCACAGACACUAAAGGUGAACCAGGAGAAGAUGAAACGUCAGAGAGAGACCAUUAUCCCCCAAAACAUCCCAAAAGGACCCGCUCCUGGCAAAGGUCGAGUGGCGGCCAUGAACGUCAGAGAUAUGCCAAGACGUAACUCUGAACAGGAAGAGUCUCAUGAGAAUCUGGCCCAGCGCAUUGAAAAAGAUGUGCAAAUCCUGAACUGUUCUCUGGAUGACAUUGAGAUCUUUGUGGCUCGCCUGAGGAAAGCAAACGAGGCGUUUGCACAGCUCGACAUCCGCAACAAGGCUAGGAAAACCAAGAAGAGAGGGCCAGCUGAGGGCAUGCUGACCUUGAGAGCGAAGCUUCCAGCACAGGUGGAGUUCAUUGACUGCCUGCAGAAACUCAAACUGUCCUUCAACCUUCUGGCCAAACUGAAGAAGCACAUCCAGAACCCCAGUGCUCCAGAGCUCAUCCAUUUCCUCUUUGGACCACUGGAGCUGAUUCUGCAGACGUGUGGCAGUGCUGAGAUGGCCCAGUCGGUCAUCUCUCCCCAUCUGUCCCGAGACGCCGUGGACUUCCUCAGGGGCUACAUGACACCCAAGGAGAUGAACAUCUUUGAAGCGCUGGGGGAGGGUUGGACAAAACCUAGAUCUGAUUGGCCAAGAGACGAGUGCGCUCCACUCUACAUUCCAAGGUUCCGCAACGGCUGGGAGCCGCCCACGGAACUCUUCCGCACGUCGCCGUGGGAGACGGAGGGGUCCCUCCCCACCAUGGGAGGCCCUGGCAGGAAGUCAGAUGAGGUGUUUGGACAGCCACCCUUCCACGCUGCUAACGGGUCUGCCCCUCGUAAACAUGUGAAGACUCGCUACCGCUUUGUGGCGCGCAAUUCCAACGAACUCUCAGUGAUGGAGGGCGAGGUUCUGGAGGUUUUGGAGGAUGAUAAACAGUGGUGGAAGCUGAGGAAUCGUAGAGGGCAGGAAGGCUACGUGUCCUACAACAUGUUGGACGUAGUGGGGCCUGGAGAAGCACUUGGAUAUCUAGAAUCAUCUAACAGCCAGUUUCGUCCACAGCCUUUUCAGCCAACAUCACCACCACCAGGGUCCCUACUGAAAACCCAGCCGAUGGACGAGGUGAACGAAGAGCUGCUGAGGCGUAUCACCAGCAAUAAGGCCCAGAACCAGCUGCCCCACCGUAACUUCCACGUGGACCGCUCCCCCGGGGCCAACUGCAACCCCAUCAGCUUCAACUCCACCGCCGCAGAAGUGGCCACCUGGCUCCAGGCCAAGAAGUUCUCCAAGCCUACGGUGGAGUGUUUAGGUAUUCUGACGGGUGCUCAGCUCUUCUCACUGAACAAAGAGGAGCUGAAGGCUGUGUGUGGGGAGGAAGGUGGCCGUGUCUUCAGCCAGAUCACCGUACAGAAGUCACAGCUGGAGAGGAGUAUUGGCGACUCAGAGCUCGAGGAGAUCAUGAAGAGACGGCAGCAGAAGAUCAACUCCAGCAGCGACUGAACGUGCUCAGUGCGUCCACCUCCAGCUCCCAGGCUCAGCAGUCCUAACGCCGGUUUCCCUCA